CGCCGAGAGAAACCAAUUAUUCGAUUCUCACCACUUUUCUUUCCUUCCUUCCUUCUUCUCUACUUCAUUUCUCCUUCAACAGAAACCAAUGAUCAUCGUUGUCAGAGAUGCAAGAAACAGAGGUGAGCAUCAGAGACAUACACAUAUCUGAUGGUGCUGCUGAAGAAGAUUCAAUGCAACCUGAUACCUUUCACGAACAACAAAACUCAAACAACGAACAAAUGGUUGAAGCGUUUCGUAACUUGCUUCUCCUCCACGGCCAGUUACCUUCAAAUCACGGAGACUCCAAUACACUUCUCAGGUUUCUAAAAAUGAGGGAUUUUGAUUUGGGGAAAGCCAAAGAUGCGUUUUUGAAUUAUAUGAAGUGGAGGGUCGAUUCUAAAGUGGAUAUUAUCUCUAAGGAGUUUAGGUUUGAGGAGUACGGUGAAGUGAAGAAGCAUUACCCUCAUGGGUUUCAUAAGGUUGAUAAAAGUGGUAGGCCUAUAUACAUUGAGAGGCUAGGUAUGGUUGAUCUGAACGCGUUUUCGAAAGCAACAACCAUUGAGAGAUAUGUUAAGUAUCAUAUCAAGGAGCAAGAGAAAACGCUGAGCUUGAGGUAUCCAGCGUGUUCUAUUGCUUCAGAGAAGAAUGUUUCUUCUACUACAACGAUCUUGGAUGUCUCUGGACUGGGAAUGUCAAAUUUCUCAAAAUCUGCAAGGUCUCUUUUCAUGGAGAUUCAGAAGAUAGAUAGCAACUAUUACCCUGAGACUUUGCAUCGCCUCUUCGUUGUGAAUGCCAGUUCUGGAUUUAGGAUGCUGUGGCUUGCACUCAAGACCUUUCUUGAUGCUCGGACAUUGGCCAAAGUUCAGGUGCUAGGACCCAACUACCUUGGAGAGCUACUUGAAGCGAUAGAUCCAAGCAACUUACCAACAUUUCUUGGAGGAAACUGCACCUGCUCAGAUUAUGGAGGGUGUCUUUUCAGUGAUGAAGGACCCUGGAAUGAUCCAAACAUCAAGAAAAAGAUCCAGGAAACUUGCACAGUGGGAGAUGCUGAUUCUGAGGAGCAUACUAUGGAUAAAGUCUCAGAAAAUGCUUCCACCUAUCAAAAGGAAGAUUCAGGCAAGAACAUUAUUACGUUGCAGAAGUAUGCUUCCCUGAAAGCUGCUGUCAAGGAAGCACAGAAGCGAAUUGAGAUGCUAGAGAUGUCACUUCAUGAAACAAAAAGGGUCAUGAAUGGACUAGCGGAGAUCAUUGAAACCAUUAAACCGAAUCAAACCGAAACAACCAAUAGCCAAAUGCAAACCAGUUUAGAUCGUAGGCCAAAAGAUACCAAAACAUCCGGUUUGAGCUGA